AUGCUACCCAUCCUCAAACACCUGCUCCGUCGCGUUGCAAGACGCCCCUCGAACAUCAUCACUACCCUUCUCGUCACCCUCCUCCUCGUCCCUCUCACCCUCUACCACCUCCUCGCCUACCUUCUCGCCAAUGACCCCCGCCUCGUAUCCUACACCUUCCACCGCGCGUCCUCCAUCCUCUUCGUAACGGCACACCCGGACGACGAGAGCCUCUUCUUCAGUCCAACGCUGUUGUACAGAGAAGAUGAUCCCAGUGUGGAGAGGGCGUUGUUGGUUUUAUCGUCUGGAAACUAUGGCGGAGAAGGUUCGACCAGACACGUCGAACUGCAAGCUGCCUGCGUCGUGGCCGGUAUCCGAGCAGAUCGAUGCGUCGGGCUCGAUCACCGCGAGUUGCAGGAUAAUCCGAAGAAAUGGUGGGACGAGGAGUUGAUUGCUGAAGUGGUGGCGAGGUAUGUGAGGAGGUGGGAGGUGGAUUUGAUCGUGACGUUCGACGAUGGUGGGAUCUCCGGCCACUUGAACCAUAGGGCUGUUGCUGGGGGUGUGAGAAAAUACACAGAAACAACCCCCGAACCCGGCAUCGCAGUAUACGCCCUGCAAACCAAAUCCCUCAUCCGAAAGUACUCCGGACUGAUUGAUCUCAUCCCCACCUGUAUACCAUUUACGGGACGGAUUAUAGCGGCGCUGUUCACGUCCUUCCCGCGCCAGGAUCCAGCGACGGAUAUAUAUGGCGACCACGUCCUGCUGGUGAGUCCCUGGGGGCGGUAUUUCCAGGGACGAAGGACGUUCCGGGAACACUGGAGUCAGUAUUCGUGGGACAGGGGGAUCUAUUUGGUGGCUAGUCGGUAUAUGUGGGUAAAUGAUUUGAGGAGGAUUUGAUGAUUAGGUUGUAUUGGUAGAUGUGUAU